AUGUCCCCGGGGUUUGGUCUAGUUCGGCAAAAGAGAGGCUCCGUCAAAAUAACGCCGGGGGCGGGGCCCUCCGUCACUUCCGAUUCCGGUCCUCGCCUCUGCCUACUCAAUACGCCGGGUUUGGGAGUGCUCGGGGGUGGUGGGCUCAAUCCAUACUCUCCGUCCCCUUCCCCUCGCGAUGUCCGCGCACCUGGCGGGGCAACGCAGAGCCCAACGCGCUGCCCCCAGAGCAGGUUUCAGAUCUGUCAGCUGGUUGUGAUCUCCCUGAUGGAGAAAGGGGAAGAGUUGUUGGUACCAAAUCUUGAGGGCUGCAAGGAGAAAGAGAUUUUAAGAAGCUCUUACACAGUGAGUAAGAACAGUUUGGAAACUCUUGACCAGAAAUACCCUAAGGAUGAGGAACCUAAGGACAUAACAUCAGAGUGGUCUGAGAAAGAUGUUCUCCCAAACAUUGAACAUGAGGAUACUAAAGAAAUUCCAUUAGGAAGGAACAAAGGGGUCAGGUUCUGGAAUCUUGAGUGGAAAGAUACUCAUGAGAAUAACUGCAAGACAGAAACUCUGUGGGGGAAACCUAUGGGAAAAGAACAAAGUAAAUCUGUUUCCUGGGAAUGGGGCACCAGAAAAAACAUUGACAUCACUGUCCAUCAGACACUACCCAAAAGAGAAAAAUCCCACAAAUGUCUUGAAUGUCAGAAGAACUUCAAAAACAGCUCUCACCUUCGAAUUCAUCUAAGGACUCACACAGGAGAAAAGCCUUACAGAUGUUCGGAGUGUGAGAAAUGCUUUAGUAACAGCUCCCAUUUGAUUCAGCAUCAGAGAACCCACACAGGAGAGAAGCCCUAUCAAUGUAAUGAAUGUGGGAAAAGCUUUAGCAAUACCUCACACCUCAUUAUCCAUGAGAGAACACACACAGGAGAGAAGCCCUAUAAGUGUCCAGAAUGUGGGAAGAGUUUCAGUAGUAGCUCGCAUCUUAUUCAGCAUCACAGAUCUCAUACAGGAGAGAAACCUUAUGAAUGUCCUGUGUGUGGGAAAUGCUUCAGUCACAGCUAUGUCCUAAUUGAGCACCAAAGGACCCACACAGGAGAAAAGCCCUAUAAAUGUCUUGAAUGUGGGAAAAGAUUUAGUCAGAGUUCCAGCCUUAUUCGCCAUCAGCGCACACAUACUGGUGAGAAACCCUACAAAUGUCUUGAGUGUGGGAAAAGCUUUGGAUGUAACUCUACCCUCAUAAAGCAUCAGAGAAUUCACACAGGAGAAAAACCAUAUAAAUGCUCAGAAUGUGGGAAAAAUUUUAGCCGCGGCUCAAACCUUAUUACGCACCAGAAAACACACAUGGGAGAGAAAUCCUAUGAGAGUACAGAAUUUGGAGUAAAUUUGAAUCACAGUUGUAACUCAGAGCGCCAGAGACCUCAACCAGGAGAGAAAACAUAUAAGUGUUGUGAAUGUGGGAAAAGUUUCAACCUUAGUUCACACCUUAUUAGGCACCAGAGAACACACACAGGAGAAAAACCCUAUAGAUGUCCUGAGUGUUGGAAAACUUUCAGUCAAAGCUCCACACUGGUGAUCCACCAGAGAAUUCAUACAGGAGAGAAACCAUAUAAAUGUCCCGACUGCGGGGAAAGUUUCAGUCAAAGCUUUAACCUUAUCAGGCACCGAAGGACCCACAUAGGAGAAAAACCUUAUAAAUGUACUGACUGUGAGAAAUCUUUCAGUCGUAGUGCCUACCUCAAUCAGCAUCAGAAAACACACACAAGAGAAAAGCUCUUUCAGUUCCCUGAAAUUGAGAAAAAGUUUACUCAUGAAUGGACCUAGAAAAACUUGAAGUGGGGGUGGGGCAUGUGGACUUCACCUACUCAUUUCCAGUUCCCAAGUCUGUUCCCUUUUAUUGACCCAUCACAAUGAAGCUGUUGUAAAAUCAGUUUACUGUUGAAUUUAUUUGGCCUAUCAUCAAUACCUCUGGAAAAGAGAGCUAAGGCCACUCUGCUUAGAAGUUGUAAAGACUCAAACCAACCAGGUCAUGGAUCUUCCCAGUGAAAAACAGCACCAAGGAUGGAAAGAAAAUAGAAUUUU